AUGGCGGGAGACUCUGAUUCUCAGAUCAAGGGCGAUGCCUCGUUCACGGAAGAAAUAGAGAAUGUGACAAUUCCAUCCUAUUCUUCCAAAGAAGAGAAAGAUCUUGUUCGGAAGGUCGACUUGACAUUGCUUCCAACAAUUUGGAUCAUGUACCUACUCUCUUACAUGGAUCGAACCAAUAUCGGCAACGCAAAAAUAUCAGGAAUGCAAACGGAUCUGGACCUGACAUCGGGUCAAUAUUCAAUUGCCCUUGUUGUCUUCUUCAUCGGAUAUGUCAUCUUCGAAGUACCUAGCAAUUUAAUCCUAAGCCACUCGCGCCCUUCGUUGUUCCUAUCGGGCAUCAUGGUGGUUUGGGGGACAUUGACCUGCUUGAUGAGCGUGAUAAAAGACUUCAAGCAUCUGGUUGUUUUACGCACCUUGAUAGGCUGUGUCGAAGCAGGAUUCGCACCCGGUGUCCUCCUUGUUCUCUCGUCUUGGUAUAAACGAACUGAACAGUCGAAGAGGUUUGGCGUUUAUAUAUCUGCCGCAAUCUUGUCGGGAGCCUUCGGGGCUCUUUUAGCAGCAGGUAUUAUUCAAGGUCUGGAAGGAGCGCAUGGAAUUAGAGGAUGGCGGUGGCUGUUCAUCGUCGAGGGGUCUGCAACUGUGGGAGUCGCAAUAAUAUGUGCAUUCAUCCUGCCAGACUUUCCAGCCACCUCGAGACGACUAUCGGAGAGAGAGCGUUAUAUAGCUGUUUCACGGCUUACAACAGACGAUGUCACUGCCAUGACCGAAGACAGCGUCCAGUUGUCUCACUGGCACGCCGUUAUAAAGUCGGCCAGAGAUUGGCGAACAUGGGGAUUUGUGGUCGGGUAUAUGGUGAUUGUCGGCUCCAGCACACUGUCAUACUUUUAUCCCACACUUGUGGCAGGUCUUUUCGGCGACUCAUCCACUGAAAGGGUAAAUUUCCUAACGGUACCCAUUUACGCAGUCGCUUUUGUCUGCACCGCAAUCACAGCUUACUUCAGCGAUAAAGCUCCCCAGUGGAGGGGUCUUGUCAUCGCUUGCUGGCUGGCUGCAUCACUAGCUUGUUCUGUUGCAGUCUGCCUCGUAUAUAAUUACACUGCGCGAUAUGUCCUUCUGGUUCUUAUGGCCGCCGGGUUGUGGGCAACGAAUGGAGGCACGCUUGCCUAUGCAUCAUCCGCCUUUGCAAACAUGCAUCCACAGGUAAGAGGUGUCAGCCUUGCGCUGGUAAAUGCUCUAGGCAAUCUGGCUCAAAUAUACGGAUCGUAUCUGUUUCCUUCGUCGGACAGUCCGAAGUAUAUCAUGGGAUUCUCGGUUAUCUCCGCCAUGCUUGCCCUUGGAGUGGUCGUCUUUAUUGCGAUACAUAUCUGGUUUCGUCGUACUGACGCCAUGGGGCGCGUGUGAUGGUACGGAAUAUCAGCCGGUGACAGCACAUUUAUUGAAGUCCAGGCAUCUGGCACCAAUUUUAUGAGGUGCACCAUAGACCCACCGAGGGGAGGACGCCACUGUAUAUAGGCUUGCAACUUCAAUUGA